UCUCUCGCUCUCCCCACUUUUGACCUUUUAAAUUUUCUCUCGCUCUCUCUCUUCCUCUCUCUGAAAUUCUAGGGUUUUUAAUUUUCUCUGAUUUCUCAAAUUUCCCGAAUAAUCACUUCAUCAAAUCAUUCCUAGGGUUUCUUUUCGAUGGAGUCGAUUAGGUCACCCUAUUGGUGUUACAGAUGCAACCGGUUCAUCAGGAUCCGGGUCCGAUCCCCCCAAGAUUCGAUCCAUUGCCCCGACUGCGGCGGCGGAUUCAUUGAAGAAAUUGAAACACCCUCUCGAUCUCCCAUCCACCAACGUUUCCCGGCCGCUGCCAUGUACUCUGACACUCCCAGCCCAGCUCUCAGCCCUAGCCCCACUGCUACUCCUCGUUUCCGCCGAGCUCGACGAAACGCUGGUGAUCGGUCCCCUUUCAACCCCGUUGUUGUCCUCCGUGGACCCACCUCGGAAACCGACGGCGUAGUUCCUGAAAGAGGAAACAACAAUUUCGAGCUUUAUUACGAUGAUGGGUCCGGCUCGGGUCUUCGUCCCUUACCUGCUAGCAUGUCGGAGUUUUUAAUGGGUUCGGGUUUUGAUCGGCUUCUUGAUCAAUUAUCUCAAUUAGAAGUAAACGGUGUCGCUCGUUUUGAGCAACCGCCUGCUUCGAAAGCGGCGAUUGAAUCAAUGCCGGUGAUUAAGAUCGUUGGAAGUCACGUUAGCACGGAAUCUCACUGUGCCGUUUGUAAAGAGCCUUUCGUGCUCGAUUCUGAAGCUCGGGAAAUGCCUUGUAAGCAUAUUUAUCAUUCGGAUUGUAUUUUACCUUGGCUUUCAAUUCGAAACUCUUGUCCGGUUUGCCGCCAUGAGUUGCCAACGGAAAGUAGCGGAAAUAAUUUGGGGGAAAACGAGGCGGUUAGAGACGAAGAAGCUGUGGGGUUAACCAUAUGGAGGUUACCGGGAGGUGGGUUUGCGGUGGGCAGGUUUACUGGAGGAAGAAGAGCAGCGGAGAGGGAGUUUCCGGUAGUGUUUACGGAGAUGGAUGGGGGGUUUAAUAAUGCGGGUGCUCCUAGAAGGAUUUCAUGGGCGCCUAGUGGGAGAAGGUCACAAGAGAGUAGAGGAUUGGGGCGGGUUUUUCGGAGUUUUAUUUCGUUUUUCGGGAGGUUUAGGAGUUCUUCAUCUCGUUCAGGUUCAGAUUCUAGGUUUACGAGGAGAAGUAGAUCGAGUUCAGUGUUUGAUAGGUCAUCUAGAAGGGAUAGCGACUGGGAUUUCGAGGAUUGAAGGAUGGUUGAAUGUAUUUUUUGUUUAUUUUUAGGUUAACCUUUUUUUUUCCUUUUUUAAUCUGAUACUAUAAUGUUGCAGUUUUCCUCAAGGGAAGGAAUGUUUGUAGAUUGUAUGAUUUUACUUUGAUGUAAAUAACAACACUUUUGGUGAAGGAAUGAAGAUUGCUCGAGUUUACUUUCUGUCCAAAGAGAAAGAAGUUUUGAACUGGUUGGAGCCGUUAUGUAUCCCAAUGAGGCAGAAGAAGAAGAAGAAGAAAUGGAUGAAGGAGAAAGUUUUGUGCUUAGUAUGAACCUUCAGAGGUCGCUGAGGUACUAACCGUCACGUAGAAAUUGAUGUUAGGCCCAAAAAUGUUCAAUUAGUAAGUUUUGUCGCGAUAAUUUAUGCUUUUGCUUCUUUCUUACAUGUAAUUUUUAUCAGGAAUUUUGUUAUUUAUUUGCUGUUCUUAAUACAAAUUAUUGAGUUGUUCAUGUUGUUU